AUGUCUCUCCCAAUUUGGAACCAUUUAUGCCAACAACAACCUACACUCGUUGCAGCCUUCACUGAAUGCCAUGCAAAACGUGUUCACGAUUGCACCAUUCAGCUCCAUCAGUCGCUCGAUUCCAUCUUGUCAACUCUGAAUCGGCGUGCCAUGGCAUUGGCAAAGCUUGCCAACUUUGAAUCGGCUCUUCGUGAUUCCAACGUCAUACAGCAACUCUCCCCUUCUUCAGCACUUGGCUACCUGUGUGAAUCCACCAUUUACAGCGAACAAGGAAAACAGCGUGAUGUGAUCAACACCUGCAGCAAGGCUCUCACUAUGGUUGAUACGAAGGAUCCUGAUUACAGCACAUUACAACAAGCCAAGGCCACUGCCGAGCGACAUGCCAACAUACGUAUCGACUUUGUGAGCCAACUUCCUGUUGAGGUUGUCAUUACAAUACUUGUUCCCAUGUUUAUGGAUUAUUACGUGAGCUCUUUGAAGCUAUCCCCGUACUUGAAUGUGUCGCAUCUUUGGCGGGAACGGAUUAUCCGGGCGCCUGAUGGAUUACGUUUUACGGUUGAAGACGAGAAUGAGGAUCAUCAUUUACAAGUCGUUACGUUUGCACGUCACACCAAAGUAUUGCACAUUGCCACGUAUUUACAAGGAACGUGGUUGAGCGAUCUAUUCCUGGAUAAUGACUUUUCCUCGUUGCAAGAGGUGUUCAUUGGUGGGUUUGACGCCGAGGGAGUUUCCGAUUUCAUCUCUGCAUUGGAAUCAAUCAGCAAUACCUUGACGGAUCUCACUCUCUUGCUUUGUCGUGGCAAUGAAUUACGUGUCACGGAUAUUGUGUCUGCUUGUCCCAAUCUCGAAUCGCUCAAAGUACAUCAGCCUCGCGAUGCCGAUAUCAGCUCUCUUCCGAUGACAACAUGGCCCAAGAUGAAGAAUCUAUCCAUUAUCAUGGCAGCAAACUACAUCAGCCUUGAUCACGUGUUGGCGGUUUCAAAGCGAUUCCCGUCACUCAAGAAUCUUUCACUUUCUAUAUGCACUGAUCUGCAACCAGCGCUCGCAGUUCCCCAACAUUUUCCAGCCAUGCGAAAAUUGGAUUGUUUUAUAUUCGAAGGUGUUGAGAUGACCAUUUCGGAUGAUGAAGAAUACGAAUAUGAAUAUGCAGGGCAACAAGCGAUCAACCAUCUUCGAAUCAAAUCCUGGCCGUCCGAUCGAUACACAACGCACGACCUCAGGACGUUAUUGUGCAAGUAUCAAGGAACAGUUGUUGAGCUCGAGUGGGCGAUGGAAUAUCAUUACAACAAGCCUGAACACCUUUGGAGUAUCCAAUAUCCUUGUCUUAAGAAGCUUACUCUCUGCUCGUCGGGAUGGUGGAUAGCAAGAAACGCACCGCUACUUGAAGAAUUGGAGUUCCGUGUCGAUAUCGACAAUCCAGCCAAUAAGAUGCUUGCUACAAUCCCACCCAAUCUGAAAAGGCUGUAUAUCAUGCUUUCUCGUCUUCCUAUUACCGAUCACCCUGCCGUUGCACAUUAUUUUCAUCGAUUGGCUCAGCAAACGCAGUUAACACAUCUCUAUGUCUCUUUGGGGAACCUGAAGCACGAUUACGAAUCCAUCAUCGAGGCGCUUUGUCAUUUGCAUCAUCAUCUUGAGAAUUUAAUCAUCAGCUUUCAUGACCAUUCAGAAGCAACCGACAUGGAAGGGCAUAUUGUUACGAUUGUCAAACGAUGUUCAAAGUUGAAGUGCCUUCAGAUUGCAACCCGAAACGCUCCAUCCACCCAUACAUUGAUCGCUAUAAGUCAACUUGAGCACCUGCAGCAAUUGGCAUUUUCUAUUCGAGGAGCGGAUCAGCAAGAAGGUUUCUGGCAGGCAGUUGAGUCGUUUACCAAACCAAAGUUGAUUAAGGUGUUUCCUCAAGACCCUAUUCACGAUUUGGAAAUCACUCGCUUGGCACAACAUCGACCCGACAUGAGGAUCAUGGUCCAGGAGGAUUUAGAGCUCUUUUAUUAA